GUCUCGUCGAUAAACUGUAGAGCGGUGCGGGGCCAGAACCUAUAAGUGGCCCCACCAUCGGUCUGUCGAUCUGAUCAUGGCAGCCAAUCAGAGCACGCUAUCAGUGGCGAGACGCGGUAGUGGUGCGCUCACCAGCACCAAAGCUUGAACCUUCCUGACUUCUUGACCAUCCGGGCGCACCUCUCUGUACUUAAACCCCGACCUUCGCGACCGGUCCAUAGUAUACUAUCCUGCGCAGGACUCUUCGCAAGCCAGCUGCCGAGUACGCACAUAGCCAUCCGACUUUAAAUAUACCACUACGAUGGACGAAUCCUUCAGAAGACAUUCCCAGGGGCGGCGCGUCUUCCUCGCUGAGCACCUCUCCCUGGCGCCGCUCACCUCUCGUCUACCGAUUAUGGAUUAUGACUACGAGCCAACCUCCGCCCCUCCCCACACGACCUACACUCAGGGGAGAUCUGCCCCUACAACUCCGCGGCUCCUGUCGCAUUCCUUAGAGCUACCACCCACACCACGAUCGCAACGGGGCGGCUCUGUCCCUACCUCCAAUGGCGGAGCCGCGGCUCUCUCCAAGAGCAAAUCCACCAACCAUCUCACGGGCAACAAGGGCCGGAGACACCGCGCACGUCGUCGCAACAACAACCAUGACGAGGAGCCAAACGACCCAGACUGGAUCCACCGCCUCGGUACAGUGAUCUCCGCCGAAGCUCGUGAAGCCCGGGGCCAGAGCUGGCUGCUCACCCGCGCCAGCUCCACCAGCCUCGGCAGCAACCACAACCCGCUCCUGUCGCCAGUGGGCUACCUGUACGGCCAAGAUGAGACGGAUCACUACACGGUGUCACGGGAGCGGGCGCUAGCUGCGAGUCGCCACGCCAGCCGCCGCGGCAGCGCCCAAUACUUCUCACCUCUGCAUAGCCAGCUUGCUAGCCGUAGGGGUAGCUAUACUCCCAGCUAUCUCAGCUUGCCGGUGACGCCUGCGGAUCGAAGGGGCGUUGCGUCCAACGGGAACGGGGAGGAUUACUUCGGUAACGGGGCGACAGCAGCGAAUGGGGACGGACAGGAACAGGGCGAGGACAUCACUAGGCCGGACUUUGUCAACCUGGACGAGACCCUCGAGGCGGCGGCCGUCCCGGUCGCCGUCCCGGUCGAGGAGGAUACGAGCGCGGAUGACGAGGCGUAUAUCCGCCGGCUGGUGAAACGUCAGAAGGGUGGGGUGUGGACGCAUUUCGCGAAGAUGUUCGGGUUCAGCGCAUCUUCCGUCUCUGAGGACGACGACGAUGACGAAGAUGAGGAAGAGGAAUGGGAGUGGGAGGAGGAGGAGGAGGAGGAGAGGGAGAGGUGGCGGACAGCGAACUUGAAGAGACUUCAGGCGGCUACGAUAAUGGCUAUGGGGGAUACGCGCGUCCCUCCACCUCCUGAGGACAAGGGCGGAUGGCGGGAUGCGGCGUGGCUUAUGAGCGUGGCGUCGAAGGUGCUCUUCUGAAUGGGCAAGGCAAGGCUGCACAUCGUCAGCCCUACGCCUCAUAACUGCAGCAUAUUUUCAAGGGGGCUGCUUCCGGCUCCGCCGGGCUGAACCCCUUAAGCACCCAUCCGCCUAAGCUCACUACGGCGGUGGGAGUUGUCGAACGGGGAGGAACUUUUUAUUCUAGUAACUCUCGAACGGGGUGGAAUUCUUUAUUCUAAAAGCUUCCGAGUCGGUGCUUUAACGCCGCUUGACUAAUUAAUAAUAUGAUCUU